AUGACGGAUUACGAGCGUACGGUGCUGGAGCACUACCAACUGACUACGGCGUAUCCAGUGGAGUGGCCUGCAGAGAAGGAUAAUAGUGAUGCGUCCGAUGAGGAGGAAGAGACGAAGCCCUCGCGGAAUGGCAUGAUACGAAGAUCGAAGUCCAGGUAUUCCGCCUUGGAACGAGUUGCUAGUGACCGAAAGAGCUUCUUGCCUGGGUCGCAGAGGGGUGAAAAUGGAGUGGAUACUAUGGUCCAGAGAGAUGAGCCUGAUCCUCUGGGUUCUACGGACAGUGUUGUGAGGAUAUUGCGGCAGAUGGGUCUGCCUGUGCAAGAGGAUCCACGAAUAAGAAAUAGAUUUCUCUUGUCCUCUACUACCUUCUCUCCCGCUUUAUUCCUAUCUCAAGUCCAUUCGACCGCUUCUACACAACAGCUCUUGGAUGGCCUCGAUAUUCUGUCAAGGUCUAUUGACCAGAAGUCGGCGUCUUUGAAAGUGCUGGUCGAGUCCAACUUCGAGCGCUUCGUACGAGCCAAGGCUACAAUUGACAAUGUUUAUAAGGAGAUGAAGUACCGUGGAGCAGAGCCGCCACCACCGUCCCCACGCAGGCCUCAUUCUAGACAUGCUAGCAGGAACAGCUUCAGGACGAGCAGUGGAAACCAAGCUUCCAUGGCUGUGCCUAUUCCAGAUGCCAAGAAGAAGAAUGCACUGACCAAGGAGAGCGAGUAUGGUGUUCUAGGUAUCAAGACGCCUCUGCUCGAUGUCUCGGCGAAGGCAGAGGAAGUUUGGGGACCUGCUCUGGGAGGACGAGAGAAGGAAGACAGCCUCAAGACCAUGACUGGUACCGUUGAACGCUACAAAGAGUUAUACGAGGUGGGCCAAGCUAUUACAGAUAGUAUCAAGCGGAAAGACUAUGAGAGUAUUGUCGAGGAGUAUGCCAAAGCAAAGCGGUAUGCGGACGAGGCAAAAAAGCUUGCAGAGAAUCUUGGAACGACACCACCAACGGACGCUCAGAUCGUGCAGAUGCUGAUGGCUGGACGUGUUUGGCAUGACGUUGAAGAGCAAUUGGAGGAGUUCAAGCGAGAUGUAUGGAAACGAUUGACCUCCAUGCAGAAUGUUUCGAAGAACGAUGCUGUCACUGGCAGUGCACAAGACCAGCAUAUGGAACUAAUAGGCGUUCUACUUGAAUUAGGGGUUACCGACAACCCAAUCUGGGUCUGGUUGUUGAGUCGUUACGAUCAUCUCAAGAAGAAGAUUCAAGAGACCUCGAAUCGUACGAUGGUUGAGAUCGAGAUCAUGCGAAGACGUCUUGCUAAUGGAGAGAGGCCAACUCCUCAAGUUAUUGCUUCUCAUCUGAGGUCACUUGGUCGUCAGACUGCUGAGGACAAACCAACUUCGCUUGAUUCUUCCGAGGUUGUUGAGCUGUGGGAGAAGAUGCACACCUUCUUAAGCGAUAUGCUGAGCUCUCAAGGUAUUCUGGGAGAGGUCGUGGAGUUUUGGCAGACAGUGCAAAGCUUUAUCGAUGGUAAAGCUCAGAGAAAUCUGCCAGUGGGUAUCAAUGGAGACUCUCGACAACAUCACAGAUUAUCAGAUCAAGGUACCCUUGACUUACAGAAGGGAACUGUUGAAUUGAUUGAUAUGCUGCGAGAAAGCAUAUUUUCGUUCUUCGUUGACCCACCUAUCGACGACAUCUCAGCUUUGUUUUCCCCUGUGCCACCAACACCCAAGACUCCGGCAUCAUCCACCAAUGGGUACGGCAAUGGGAACGGGCAGCUGACACCAUCAGCUCUUCGAGAUCCUCGAUUCAACUAUGAUGCGAAUAAUUUGCCUCCUCCAUCUCCAAAGCGAGGUGAAGCGUGGGAGAAGCAUGCGUUCUGGCCACCCUGGUCCAACUCGUUGAGUGGUGUGUAUUAUCUAGGCAAGCUUCUCGUACUGGUAGGGACUGGAGCUAGCGAGAUGGCUUCUGUUUCUCCUGUAGGUAAUGGCGAUGGCGCAGCUCUGGACCGCCUAAAAGCCUUUGUUGGUGAGGCUCGGGAGCGAUGUGUUAUUGCUAUAUGUGCUGCGUGGAACCAAGAUGCGGCCAAUAUCAAAGUCCUGGAAGACUGGAGACGAUCCCCUGACAAGCGAGACUUGACGAGAAUGCCUUCUUACUUUGGCUCGUUCGAGAGUGCAAUUCUGACAGGAAUGCAGAAGAUACUAUACAUAUCCGAAGCUAUGGCAAAGUCUGACUCAACCGAUGUUGUAUUUCCACCGCCAGCGAAGCUUUUGCAGAUGGUCAGAAGUCAGUUCGUGACUACUUUGUACAAGUCCUUGAGUGGAAUGGUAGAGAAUGCUGAGAGGCCAGUGAAAGCGGCGGACGAUGACUGGACAACGGACAACGAUGGCCUUGCAAGCCCAGUAGCUAUGGUCAUUGCAACUAGCAUUGGAGCAGGAACUGUCAAUGCCAGUGACAGAAACGUCCGUAUGCUUUUAACACUAAGCAAUCUUUCAGCCCUCCGCGCCGAAAUUGUACCAAAUUUGACCAUGCAAUUCGAAAACGCAUUCGCCGUCAAACUCACUGAAGAAACAAAGACCAUUAAAGACGUUCUCGGACAAAUCGACGCUCGUCUCUUCCAAUCAUAUACCCGCCCCUCAGUCGAGACCCUCAAGACCACCAUCCGCAACGGCAUCGCCUCCCCAGAAUGGUCUCCCAGCUCGAACGAAAAGCCCCAAGAAGUUCGCCCAUACGUCUACUCAUCCCUCCUCUCUCUCGUCUUAGUCCACACCCAGGUCUCAACCACAGCCUCUUCUUUAACCUCUCAAGUCCUCUCUUACCUCCUGGAACAAGCCUCCCGCGAACUCCUCGAAGCAUUCAAAAUCCGCUCCAAAUACACUUUAUCCGAAUUAAUGCAAGCAACAUUGGACGUAGAAUUCGUUGCUCAAACCCUAAGUCAAUACACCACGGACAGAGCGAGCGACAUGCAAAGCAAGAUCUACCAGGAAUUAGACGCGAAGACGGAUAAUGAAGCGAGGACGAGGCUGCAGAGCGAAUUGCCGGAGAUGAGAGCCGUGUUGAAGAGGUUGAGGGAGGGAAGCAGGAGUGAGUUUGCUUGUUUCAAGAAAGUGAGGGUCAGGGAGAGGAAUCCGGCUGCCGGACAGGGACAAGGGACGAGAGAGAGUUCUGCUUCGGGUGGGCAGGCACCGAAUGGAGGGCAGAUGAUCUGA